UCUCACCAUCUCCCAAAUCAAAAACUCAUCUUCACCUCUCUUUCCUCACCCGUCAGUAUUACCUUUUUCACUCUCUAUUCUCCACUGCAGACUCACUCGCCACUUCCACUCUCUCUAAAAUCUGCCAUGACCAACACAUCCUCUUCAUAAAUACCCCCAGAAAACAAAACCAACAAAAUUAUCUCUAAAUCCCCAAACUAUGGUGCCGUAUGACUCCGAUGGCUUAGCUGGAAGCGCUCCCAGUUCAUCAUCCUCUAUCACUAAACCUCCGCAGAUAGAUGGCUUGCUCGCCGGUGCCGGCUACAAGGUCCCGUCUUCUGAGCUCCGGCAUGUGGCCCAGCGUCUCGAACGCCUUGAAACGGCCAUGCUUAACUCCGCUUCCCACCAACUUUCCCUCCUUGCCUCUGACGCCGUCCUUUACAACCCCUCUGAUCUGUCUACAUGGGUCGAUUCGCUCCUUUCCGAGCUUAACCAAUCUCAGCCUCUCCCUUCUCUCCCCUCCGAUCUCUCGGAUCUGGUUCCCAAUUCAACGGCUCUCGAUAGCUCCUGGGGGAUGGAACACUCUUUGUCUCAGCAGCAGAAUCAGAAUAUCUCUCAACACCAACAGAAUCAGCUGAUGGUCGUAACCGCCCUGGAGGAGGAUUCCGCGAUAAGGCUCGUCCAUAUGUUGAUGACGUGUGCAGAGUCCGUCCAGCGUGGCGAGCUAGCAUUGGCUGCCUCUUUAAUCGAGAAUAUGCAGGGACUGUUGACGCGUGUCAACACCGGCUGCGGCAUUGGCAAAGUGGCCGGUUACUUCAUUAAUGCUCUGAGUCGCCGGAUUUUCGCUCCGGCGGGUUCAAUUAGCGGCGUUGGUUCUUGCUACACUUAUGAGAAUGAACUUUUGUACCAUCAUUAUUACGAGGCUUGUCCGUACUUGAAGUUCGCUCAUUUCACCGCGAAUCAAGCGAUUCUCGAGGCUUUUGAAGGCCAUGAUUGCGUUCACGUAGUGGAUUUUAACUUGAUGCACGGAUUGCAAUGGCCGGCACUAAUACAGGCUUUGGCUCUGCGCCCCGGUGGGCCCCCUUUGCUUAGGUUAACUGGCAUUGGCCCUCCUUCAUCGGAUGGCCGCGACUCGCUUCGGGAAAUCGGGUUGCGACUCGCUGAUUUAGCUCGGUCAGUAAACGUUCGAUUCGCUUUCCGUGGGGUGGCAGCUGCGCGGCUGGAGGACGUGAAGCCGUGGAUGUUGCAGGUGAAUCCUAAAGAAGCGGUGGCAGUCAAUUCAAUCAUGCAACUACACAAGUUGUUGGCGUCUGACCCAACCCGAAACCCAGCAAUCGAUAUUGUCCUGAAUUGGAUCCGGAACCUGAACCUGAAAAUUAUGACCGCAGUUGAGCAAGAGGCAGAUCACAACCAAUCGGGGUUUUUAGACCGUUUUACCGAAGCUUUAUAUUACUACUCAACGAUGUUUGAUUCGCUGGAGGCUUGCGCCCAUCACCCAGAGAAAGUUUUAGCCGAGAUGUACAUACAGAGAGAGAUAUGCAACGUGGUGAGCUGUGAGGGUUCAGCUCGGGUAGAGCGGCACGAGCCGCUGGCUAAGUGGAGAACUCGGCUUACAGGGGCGGGGUUCAGGCCGCUGCAUUUGGGGUCAAACGCGUUCAAGCAAGCGAGUAUGCUAUUGACAUUGUUCUCAUCGGAAGGGUACAGUGUGGAGGAGAAUGAAGGUUGCCUUACUCUGGGGUGGCACAGCCGCCCUCUGAUUGCUGCUUCGGCUUGGCAGGCAGUGCCCGAUGUUGAGCCAGCCCUCGGUGUAAUCGAUAACAAUGGUGUUGUGCUGUAAAUUUUAUAAUAGUAUUUUGAGGUAUUUUUGGGGUUAACAAUUUUCAA